AUGCCAGUGAAGCAAUUGCGGAAGGAGUUGGCGGCGUUGAGUUGGAUGCGGGAAGAGCUUGAGGAAAGACGCCGCCAGGCUGAGGAGUUGCGAAGAGAGAAUGCUGAGCUCAAAGCCGCGCGUGAGGAGUUUCAAACCCGUUACGGCCAGCUGCUGCAAUCCCGACGCCCAGAAACGGCCAAGCCCGAAAAAGAAGGGCGCUGCCCCUGGAGGCGCCGAACAGUUACCGAAGAGCCUGUGAGUUUGUGGGUUCACAAAGAAUUCGGACCCCCUUGUUGGAAAGCAGACGACUUGACAUACCUCCCAAGAAACCUUGUCGCUUGGUACAUACGUAUUCUUUUUCGGCCCCUGAACUUUGGAGAAAGAUGUCUCUCAUGUCGCCCACGACGUCUCCUGAGAAGGUGA